CAAGACGCAAGCAAACUCGAUCGAAUCAAGACGCGUCGAAAGCCAAAUCAGCGCAAGAUCCGAAGACGGAUAGCGAGACGUCGUCGAGUUCGAGAAUCGAUCUUCAUGGCAUACGAUCACACGGAUUACUGUCACAAUAUAAACAUGUCCGAAAAUGAAGAAAAUAAAAACCUGAAUUCUGAAGUGACGUUGCUGGACGACGAAGAUAAAAAUUUUGAUGAUUUGUUAAUAAGUAUUGUGAAAGAAUAUCCACACCUAUAUGACAGCAGUUGUAAAGAUUAUCGCGAUGUGAUAAAAAAAGAGAACUCUUGGUUAGAGAUAUCUAAAAUUUUGGCCACGUCUCCGGAUGUUUGCUGCAAUCGCUGGACUCGUCUGAGAGAAUCUUUCUCUAAAGAAAAGAAAAAAAGACAAAAUGAAACGACAAGGGGAAGUGGAGCCUCUAAAAGACGAGGAUUUGUAUACUUUGAGUCUAUGAAAUAUAUUGACAAAUUUGUCAAAACUAGAAAAUCGAUAACCAACAUCAAGUUACAAAAAACGUAUAAUAUUUCUGAUUGUUUAAAAGACAAGAAUCUAAAUAAAGAAGUGACGUUGCUAAACGACGAAGAUAAAAAUUUUGAUGAUUUGUUAAUAAGAAUUGUGAAAGAAUAUCCACACCUAUAUGACAGCAGUUGUAAAGAUUAUCGCGAUGUGAUAAAAAAAGAGAACUCUUGGUUAGAGAUAUCUAAAAUUUUGGCCACGUCUCCGGAUGUUUGCUGCAAUCGGUGGACUCGUCUGAGAGAAUCUUUCUCUAAAGAAAAGAAAAAAAGACAAAAUGAAACGACAUGUGGAAGUGGAGCCUCUAAAAGACGAGGAUUUGUAUACUUUGAGUCUAUGAAAUAUAUUGACAAAUUUGUCAAAACUAGAAAAUCGAUAACCAACAUCAAGUUACAAAAAACGUAUAAUAUUUCUGAUUGUUUAAAAGACAAGAAUCUAAAUAAAGAAAUUUCAAAUUGGGUGCAGCAUGGCAAACAGACUCUGGAAAAAGAAAGAACUUCUUUGGAACAAAUUGAUGCAAACAUAUUUUCACCAAUAAAAAAAUGCCCAAUACCGGAAACAUCACCCACUAUUAGUAAUUUUGAUGAUGCGUCAUGCGCAUCUUUUCUUUCGACGACAGAAAGUAGUACAAAUGAUUUCAAACAUGAAUUAUUGUCAACUCGGUCAUCAUCCGACACGAUUAACUUUUCACGCCUUUCUUCAACGAGCGUAAGAUCUACCGGCACUUUCAAAAAGCCGUCAUAUGCGAAGGGCAAAUUUAAUCCUAAUAUAUCAAUUAAAAAAGACGGAAAAAAUACAGAAUCUGAAAACGAUAAGUUCAAAGUGUCUUUUAUUAAUUUGAAUCAAGCAGUUACAGAGCAUUUGAAUUCUAAAAAAGAUGGUGCACAAAUGCAGAAUGAUCCAGACACUUUAUUUUGCAAUCUGGUUAUGGCGGAAUUAAAACAAUUGGAUAAUGAUAUAAAACAAGUCAAGAAACAAGAAAUCAUGCAAAUUUUGUGGAGAAAAAAAAACCUGUGAGCGAGAUGAUUUUUGUGAUAAAAUAAAUAAUUUGCAUUUAUUCGUAGGUACAUAUAAUACUCAUGUUUUAAGAUUGUGCGAUAUUAAUUUUAGUAAUAAAAUAUAUGUGUACUAGUAUAUAAUAAUAUUAAUAAUA